UUCUAGUACGCUACAUAAAUCAAUUUAAGUCUUGUUAUGUAAAAAUAGUAAGGAACAAUGAAAUAUCGGAUUUCCCAUUAGCGAUAUAUGUUAAAAGUAGAAGGAUAUUAGAAUUAGCUUUUGUUUAGAUAUAGCUUUGAUGGAUGGUGUAAUGUCCUCGGAGGUUGAUCAACUUUGUGGUAUUUGCAAACUUCCAUGGAAUGAUCGCAAUCCUCGAGUUUUACCCUGCGACAGGAGACAUAUUUUCUGUUCUAACUGCUUAGAUGAGUUGAUAAAAAAGUUCUGCCUUAAAGUUGGUGAUUAUCUUAUCUGUCCGAAUUGUGGAACAAAGCAUAUGCUCACCGAAAAGAAGACUGAAGAAUUUAUACGUCUUUGCCCUUUUAGGGGAUUUCUAGGUAAAAUGGAUAAUGUAUCCUUAAAAUUUCGAGAGUUUUUGAACAACUACGAGUCAAGAUUAUUAAGCAUUCAUCAUUCUUUGGAAGAUGCUGAACAGAGGCAAUUAAGUCUAUUGAAUAAGGAAAUAAAUAAAGUGCAACUUUUUCUAGAUUCAGAAAAAUUUACGCUAACCAAAGAAAUAGAAACAUUUAAAAAAGGAAAACAAUUGAUAGCGAAGGAAAUGUUGGAUAAAAUCAAAACGUUAGAGAAUAUGAAAGCUUAUGAAUUUAAUAUUUCUGAUUUUGAAAACAUAAUUUUUGAUCUGGAAUGUAAAUUUAAUAGAAUCGAUAAUGUACAAAUUCGAUUUAAAACGUCACCAAUUCUCGAUCUAUGUCGAUUUGGGCAAAUAAUAUUUGAAGAUGAUGGAUUAGUUACACCUAUAUUAUCUUUAACACGCGUUUUCACUUUCGAAGGGAGUUUUCAAGAUUCUUACGCAACUAGUAGCGGAUUCUACAUUCUUACUAAGAAUUUAACGGAUGAAUUUUCAUAUUAUUUUAAUCUUUAUAAAGUUGAUAAGGAAAAAAGCUUUUCAUGUGUCUGUAGCUGGAAGAGAAGAGAGAAUAUGUCCUACAGAAUGUCCGUAAAAUCAUCUGUAUUUUUACUACAGAUGACUAAUGAGGGAGAAAUCAGUAGAUUUAAUGAAACAGACACUCAAGUAAAAAUAGUACCUGUCGACUGUAUGAAUUGUCCUGCAGGAUAUUGGAAGAGUAUAUGGUGUUUAGAGAAAGCCAAUAUAUUCUUCAACAAAUCAGCUAUGGAGAUAUACAUUAAUCCAGUACUGGCAGUCAGGUUUGCUAAAGUUAAUCUACCAAAUGAGACAGAUAUUUUGGAUUUAAAGUAUAUAAAGCCUCGCAUAUUUAUUUUGACAGAAGACUCUCUUGUCUAUACGCUCAAUCUUAUGCAAUUUCCAUUAGCUUUCGAUUUCGUUCACAUAAAAGAACAAGUUAAAUAUAAUAUAAACUACGUAGAUAUUGCUAGAAUGUUGGCAAAAGGUUACACGCUUUUAAGUAACCAGGACAAGAUAUUCUGUAUCAAUACAGAACAAUGUAAAGGAACGUCGUAUAGUCUUAAAGAAACAUUCGGGGAUUGUAAGAAAUUGGAAUAUUAUUUAUCAUGGCAGGAAGUGCGAUUAUAUUUAGUGAAUAAGUCAAAUAAAGUUAUUGUUAAAUGCUUUCAUCGAUUUUCAGAUGUUAAUAAAUGA